CACAAACACACACACACACACACACACACACACACACACACACACACACACACAAAUACAUUAAAAGCUACAGCUGAAGUUAAAAUGCCAGAAGUAACGUAAAAGAGCCAGGAAUGUGGGAAGGUCUGGUGUUGGUUCUGAUGUCAGUCCUACUUUUGCCUGGACAUGUUAUCAUUACAGAUGAAUCUGCUCUCAGGCCAGAACUUUCGGGGCCUGGCAUGGCCUUUCUGAAAUCUACAAUAAUGCUUGAAUGUAAGCUGUCAGGAUCAGAAUCACCUCUGAGCUUUGAACUCAUAAAGGACAAUGACAAGGCCCUUGCUAUCAGUAAUAAUCCAAUUACAUAUUCUCUAAAAGUCAAGAAGGAAUCGGAGGGCAAAUAUGUUUGCAGAGUGAAAAUGAGAAACCAAACAAGCACAAGCAACCCAGUGCAUUUGCAAGUAGUGAUUCCCGUCCAAGGUGCCUCUAUAGUCCCAAAACCCAACCCACCUGUCAUUUAUGAGGGGGCGGGGUUUAAUCUGAGCUGCGAGGUCAGAAUGGGGACUCACCUCAUUUACUCAUGGUACCACAACAAGCAGGAAGUGCUCUCACCCUCGCCUCUUCAUCAUUUGGUUGGAAAGAUGCUGACAGUGGAUAGAGCUGCUGAAUGGCAUGCUGGGAUUUACUCAUGUGUGGCCGAAAACAUGAUGGGCAGCCAGAGUAGAGCCUCCAGCAGUAUGCCGAUUACCGUUGUGGUAAAAAAAUACCUCUCAGCUCCCAGGCUGUCAUUUACACUUUUUCAUGAUGGCUCAGGCUACUAUGCUAACCUCAGCUGUCGGUCAGCCUAUGGUAGCCCUCCAGUGACAUUCCAGCUGCUCCUGAAUGGGAAGCGUGUUGAUGUGCAGCAAGUGGAUUUACUGGAAGCUUGGUUUUCUCAGCCUGUCACUGUAGGACUGGAUAUGGGUAUAGUACAGUGCAUAGCAGAGAACGACAUCCAGCAACUUCUUAGUAACACAAUAGAUCUGGAAAUCGUUCCAGUGACGGGGCCUGCACAUGUUAAAGUCGAUUACCUCCACAGGAGAGAGUCUGUAGUGCUAGCUGCCGUUCUCCAGUGCAUGGUCUUUAUGGGCACUUUUCCCAUUUUCUCAUGGUCUUUCAACAGCUCCACCAUACCCAAGAAUGGCAAUUCCCCGACUUUUAUCCAACAUGGCCAGGUCCUGGUUCUCACACACAUCAGCCCUGAGAACUUUGGGUAUUACAGCUGUCGAGUGAGGGACAGUUUCAACCUUAACUCAUCCUGGGUGGAAAGUGAGAAGGUCUUGGUGAAGAUGACAGAUUUAACCACCCCCUUUAGCACAAGUACUGCCACAACAUAUACAGUUGCUGAUUUAACAAGCCCUGCCACAACAGAUGUAAAUGCUGAUGUCAGUAAUAGCACUGUCACUCCUAAUUACUGUUCUGUGGUACAUUCAAUUGAAGAAGUGAUACCAAUAGAGGUUGUCGCUGUGGUCUUCUGCUGCUACAUGAUCCUGAUGAUAAUAGGGGGAGUUUGCUGUUUCUUCUGGAACAUUAGUCCUGAACUUGUAACGUCACAUCAUGUACACUGCCAUGAGCAUAUCAACACUGAGACUCAUCAAGCCAUGCCUGAGACUCUGGUCGAUCCACAUGAUGAAGAGAUGGAAACAGUGUUUAUGGAAGUGGAAGUCUAGACAACUAAGGCCUGAUUUCUCAACAGAUCUGUAGUCUUGUUGAUCAUUUCACACUCAUGAAUAUGAUGAAUAUGUGGAUUUGAACAAAUCACUAAAGAACCAUUAAAAGGAGCCCGACUUAAAACAGUAUCCACCUGACAGAGGGAUUAAUAAAGACAAAAAAUAAUACGUGUGCUCAGUGUGAGCAUAUUGUGAAUGAGUACAAGACAAGUCAUUAUGAUUACAGGAGCAGUUCUCAGAAGGUACAAUUCUACAAUAUAAAAUCUACAUCAUUUUAAUUUCUGAUCGUACACUACAUUACAGUGAAUUAUUAUAUGUUGUGAGAGAAGACAUGAAGGUUGUUGCUUUGAAAGAAGCAGAUGUAGAGGACAGAGUAGUAUGGAGACGGAUGAUCCACUGUGGCGAAAGAAGAAGAAGAAGACAGAUGAAAAGAAAUUAUUCUUUUAGUGACUGCACCAAUACAUAUACACACACAAACAUACAUACAUACAGGCACACUCAAUUUAAGCCUAGCCUGAAUAGCAGUGUAAGAGAAGAACCCACAAUUUAUUCACAAUAAAACAUUGAAACAUAUGAAAUGUUUAAACUGAGAAAAUUUACCAUUUUAAGAACUAAUUGAGAAAUUUUCAAAUUGGUGGCAGCAACAUGUUAUAAAAAAGCUGGGACAAGCCGAUGUUUACCACGAUGUUGCUAGUGUUUUGCGAGAGGAAUGCUGUCCCAUGCUUGCCUGAUAUAGUAUUCUAAAAGUGCUGGCUCUUCUUUGGCAUAUUUUAUGUCAAGAUUCACCAAAUAUUUUCGAUUGGUAAAAGCCAAGCAACUACACAGACAUCCUGUUGUCACAGAUACAGUAUGUGGUUUAGCAUUGCACUGCCGAAAUAUGCAAAGCCUUCCUUGAAAAAUACAUCGUCUGAAUGGAAGCAUAUGCUGCUCGAAAUCCUGGUAUCCUGGUAUAUUUUAGUAUUGAUAGUGCCUUUAAGGAUGUGCAAGCAGCCCAUUCCAUAGGCACCAAUGCACCCCCAGUGAUUGAAAGUAAUAAAGUAAAUGUAAUUUGUUACUGUACAUUACUAAAGGAAUUUUCAUUUGGGGAGACUUUUAAUUUAACUUCACUUUAUAUUUAACUUUACAUCUUAAAGUCAUACACUUCCUUUAUACUCAACUUCAUUUUGCAAAAUCCGUCGUUCUCAACUGGUCAAGCGAGCAGCAAGCCACCAAUCAGGGUAGAGCCCAUGCUCUGUUUUGAACUUAUUUGGAUUGCCACUUGGCGGUAAGCAGAACAUUUUGAGAGUAAUAAAUUAUGGAAGAAACUCCUGACUCUAACUUGCCACAACAUCCAUGGCCUUAUUUAUAAUAGAGAUGAAGAUCAGUGUUUGACUCAUUAAUAUCAUUGUAUUAAUAGACUGGUGUGCUCAUAGAAACAUUAGAGUAUUUUCACAUAACCUUAAUCAAAGAGUCUUCUGACAAAAAUGAUAACAGGAACAUUAUAGCCAUAAUAAAUCAUAGUAUUUUGGAUACUUAAGUACAUUUGAAGGCAAAUACUUUUGUGAUUUACUUAAGUGAAAGUUUAACGGGAGCACUUUUACUUUUACUGGAGUAAUAUUUUACCUACUGUAUCUCUACUUUAACACAAGUAGAUGGUGUAUGUACUUGAGCCACCACUCUGCACCUCCAUAUAGGCAUGGGCAUCCAAUAUUGUGUUUCGGCCUUGUCUCAUUUGUUCACAGAGAUUUCUGCAGAUUCUCAAAAUCUUUGCAUGUUAUUAUGUACUGUAGUCUUUACAAUUUGACACUGAGGAACAUUUACUGAUGCAGCUUUACACAGAUUGGUGAACCUCUGAACCAUCUUUACUUCUGAAAGACUCUGACUUCCUAUAAUGCUCUUUUUUAUACCCAAUCACAUUACUGACCUGAGAUUUGAAAAUCAUUGCAUUCUGUUUUUUAUUACAUUUUACAACAUCCCAGU